AUGCUAUCCUUCCUCCACCAGCAGCUAGAGAGAGUGAGAGGCGUGCAACAACCGGCCAGUUCAACAUCAGAAGAAUGGCAGGUCUUUUGUGCCAGGGUCGCAAAAGCGCACAGGCUGCUGGCCAAGCAUUCAGAGCCAUUUGACAUCAGAACAUUUUACAAGAUCGAAGAUGUCCACAGUAUCAUUGACGAAACCUGCGACUUUCUGCGGGCGCAGGCACAAGAAUGGCAGAUGCAGUGUGCGACUGAGCUGGAAGACACUGUGCCAUAUGACAGUGUCGAAGAGGACAGGGAGUAUUUGCACAAAUUGCUUUCUUACAUCCUGAAGGGCGAGCAGCGCGGUGUCAGUGAUGAGUUGCUCAGUAGAUGGAUGUCCAUCAAGCGCGCUCAUGAUGAUGAGCUUAAAUUCCUGCUGAUCAUCCCUCAAAAAUCUCUUGUGCUGGAGAAGCCGAUAGGUAGAGGUGGAUAUGGUCUUGUUUAUGAGGCACGAUGGAACUUUUCCAGAGUGGCUGUAAAGAGGCCACUUGCCGAUGGUGACUUGCCCAUCGAAGAGUUUGCAAGCCUUGUGAAGGAAGUGGCUGUGCAUGCAAAGUUGAGCCACCCCAAUGUUGUCCAGGUCCAUGCAACCACACCAUCUGGCUGGCUGGUCAUGGAAAUGGCAGACACAGAUCUUGGAGCAUUGUGUCGGGGCUCAAAGAAGAUUGGCUGGCGAGGAACCCUCAACCUUCUCUUGCAAGCUGCAAUUGGGCUGUGCUUUUUGCACAGCCUAUCUCCUCCUAUUGUGCAUUCAGAUGUCAAAGGAUCAAAUUUUCUCAUAUUUGGGACAGACCCAAACAACUGCAGAGUGAAGAUCACGGACUUCGGACUUGCAUUCGAAGCAGUUAAUGGAAGGAGCAAGACAGCAAGACUGGGAGGAGGGACGCUGGAGUGGAUGGCUCCAGAAAUAUACCAGGGAGAGCCCAUCUCUCUCUCGUCUGACACCUUCAGCUUCGGAGUUGUCAUAUAUGAAGCAGUGACAAGAGCCCAUCCAUAUGGAACAGACAAACUGGUGCACGCCAAUGUGAAGAAUGCAGUUGUGUUAAACAAGAAGCUUUCGAACAAAGAGCCAUGCACAGUGCACCCUGAGGAUUGUCCUGAAGAAAUGCAGCUGCUCAUGAGACGGUGCUGCACAAUCAACCCCGCAGAGCGGCCAACAAUGAUGGAGGUCAUUCAUUGUCUGCAGGAAUUGCCCUGGGACUGGAAGCCUUCUCCUGGAAACUCAGACAAG